UAUAUCAAUCAAUCAAUCAUUUCUAUAUAAACAAAUACAUUAAUAUACUUUUACAUACAAACAUUGUUAACUAAUAUUAUAGACUUAAAUUGCGCGAUGGUGGAUCCGACGCCGCGCAACGUGCGGUCGGUGAAGAGCCGGCUGGACACGAUCAACCAGACGGAGGAGUUAACGCUGAAGAGGAUGUCGACGAUGAACAAGGUGCAGUCGCACUUCCUGGUGCCUUCGGAGAAGCUGGACAAGGUGACGCGGCGGGUGAUCGCGCCCUACGCGCAAAUCGAGCGCAAGGGCCUUAAGGAGGAGGAGGCGCGCGACUCCUACCUCGACAUCUCCCGCUUCCACGUCUUCCUCGAGGACUCUGUGGACCUGCAGACGCUGCUCUGCGACACCGCCGCCGUCCUCAAGACCAUCACCGAUAGCUCCGGCGUAUUUGUCUACAUCGUGGACAAGCUGAAGAAUGAGAUCGUUUUGAUGACGAAGAACAUUAAGAAUCCGGAACGACACGAGAUCAACAUACCCAUUGAGGAAGGCAAGGUCGCGGCGGCGCACGUGGCUGCCACCAAGCGUCACCUGGUGCUGACCGACGUGCAGCGUGACCGCCGCUUCGCACAGGGCCUGCGCUGGGUGGACGCCAAGACGGCGCUCUGCGUGCCCGUGCUCAAACCCGACGGCGACUGCUACGCCGUGCUCGAGCUCUACAGGACCGUUAGCGAACCCUACGAUGACCGCGCAGUGUACAGCUGCGCCAGCGUGGCGUGGUGGGCGGGCGCGGCGGCGCACCAGGCCGGCGCGCGCGCCACGCUGCAGCGCGCCGCACACCUCGACCUCGAGCUGCGCGCGCUGCUACACGACUACUUCUGCGAGCGCGCUGCUCUCGACACUAUGCUCACAGACAUGCUCGCGAUCGUGAAAUCCUUCAUCGGCGCGAUGCGCAGCAGCUUUCUGAUCGUGGACCGGCAGCACAUGGAGCACCAGUUGGUGGCCGACGUGUGGGAGGAUGGCUGGCAGUCAGAGCGCACCGCUCUGCCCAAGAAGAAGGCCAAGGUCAAUUUAAGCAUGGAGCAGAGCCCAGCGGGGCUGGUGGCCCGCACCGGGGCGCCGCUCAACCUGCAGGACGCCUUCCGCGACCCGCGCUUCCUGCGCGACGUGGACCCCGCAACAGGCAUGGUGCUUCGCUCCUCUCUCACCUACCCCAUCAAAGACAAGAAGGGUGUUAUAGGAGUAGUGCAGCUGGCCAACAAGGACUCGGGGCGGCCGUUCGACGCAGAAGAUGAGCAGAUCUUCCGGGUGUUCGUGGACCACUGCGCUCUCAUUGUGCAUUUCUAUCACAUGCAGCAGCGCAAGCUCUACCACGAAAACCUGAACCGCGUGUACUCGGAGCUGUUGGGGCUGCACCUGCGCCCCUGCGGACACGACCUCGAGGAGCUGGAGACCAACUGCGCCAUCGUGCCGCCCUUUAACUUUAAAUCCUUUAACUACCACAUCAGCGAGGGCAGUCGCGAGGAGAUGCCGGCGCUGGUGUGCCUCAUGUACUCGGAGACUGAAGCUUGUUCAUGUUUACUUGCCAGUAGAAUGUAG